AUGUUUUCUACGCUUACUAAGUAUGCGAAGACAGCAGCUCUAUCUAAAUACUUUUCUUCAUCAAAAAAGAUGAGAAAAGCUAGUGUAGCAGUGAUAAAACCUCAGGUUAAGCAGUAUGAGCAAAGUGAUCAUAAUGUCAUUCGUUCACUUUCUAUGCUUUAUGCAGGAGGAUUGAUGGGAAAAGUAAAAUAUGAACAAACAAGAUCAGCUCUUGUUAUGAAAAGUACUAAGAAACACACCAAGAAACUAGGUUCUGUGUCAAAAGAAAGAGUUUUGUUUGGUAUGGGUAUCCCAAUUCCUAAACUCCUUCCCUAUGGGUUGUUAAUGAAAAAAAUUGAAGAAAUUGAUGUGGGGGAAUUUUAUUCAAUAAGGGAAACCCUAUGCCAUGACCUUCCAACUGAUCAGCGGGUUGAUGGGGUCUAA